AUGAUCUACCAUUGCAUCCAUCGAUUACUCCUACUGAUUGUAGUGAUGACAAAUGUUUAUGCUGUCACUGUGUCCCAAAAGUCAUCAACAACUAUGAACGCUACUGAUCACGCUACCAUCACUACCAAUAUCACUCUGAUUGCUACUGUUACUACGGAUGGUCCUUCUAGUGAGCAGCAACAAGUUACUGCUACAUCUAUUCCAACUUCAUCAAUGAGUCAGACCAGUGAUGACAUGGAUCAUUAUACAUGCUUGCUCCCUAUGCAACCUUGCGUAGAACAUCAUCAUUGUUGUUCUGGUUCCUGCCAUACAUUUCCUGAACCUCGAAGUGAUGGCAACUUUACUGCUUGCCUUUGA